AUGACAUGCCUCGAUCCAAAAAAUGAUUUCGCUGCUUUUAAUAUUGAUAAGCUUGUUCAUCUUGCUAUUCUUUACCCAAAGGACUUCACAUUGACUCAACAUAUUGAAUUGUUUAAACAACUUGAAACUUUUGUUGAUGUUGUGAGAAGAGAUGCACGAUUGAAUGCUAUUGAAGAUUUGGCUAGCCUAUCUCAGAAGAUUGUUGAAACCAAGAAAGAUAAAGUUUUUUCGUUGGUUUAUCGUCUGAUUGAGUUGGUAUUGAUCUUACCCGUAGUGACUGCAUCUGUUGAAAGAGUAUUUUCAGCAAUGAAAUUUGUCAAGACUGACUUGCAUAAUAGGAUGGGAGAUGAGUGGUUGAAUGACAGUUUAGAAGAAUACAAUGAAAGAUCCAUCUUUGCUAGUGUUUCUAAUGAAAGAAUCUUGAAACAUUUUCAAGAUAUGGAUAUCCGUAGAAAUCGAUUGUCUCGGUUAAUAGAUGCUAGAGCUACUUGA